AUGGAUUAGGAGACUAAGCAAGUAAACCUACGCAAUGGAGAUGAUAAUUUUAACAUAAAAUAUAUUCAUAAAAAUUUGAUUUAUAAAGAAAUGAAAAGAAACAACAGUUCUUUUGGAUAAUAAGAAACUGUUUACAACCUUUCAAAACCCAAUUCAAUGCAAGAAAUCAAUUGUAAAACAUUAUAACUAAAUAAGCAUCGGUCUGCAUAAGCUAGAGUUAUUAAUAAAACAGUUCAUUAAAUUAGUUAUAUGCAAAUAGAUUCUUGGGCGAAUGGAACGAAGAUUUGUAUACAGUAACAAGAAAAUAUGUUCCAACUUACACUAAUGGUUUGAAUUUAUAUACUACCUAUUGCACUCCGUAGAAUCCAAUUGCCACUAUUGUGAUCAUCCAUGGAUACGGCGAUCAUUCAGGAAGAUACUUUCAUGUAUUAUAAUUGAAAGAUGAAAUUAGGUGGCGGAUGAAUAUGCUAAAUCAGGCUUCUAAGUUAUUCUUUAUGACUAGAGAGGAUUUGGAAAUUCUGGAGGCAUUAGAAGUCAUGGCCACAUUAAAUAGAUGCACCAAGAUCUUGAAUGCAUAUUAUUGACUAUAGAAAGAUCCUAGCCAAUCUUUUUGCAGUGUUAAUCAUUAGGAGCAGCAGUUGGCUUAAGCUUUUGCAUUUCGAAUCCCUCAUUGAUCCUAUAAGGAGUCAUCGUUGUUAAUCCUUAUCUACAAUUUGCUUAGAAGUAUGGACUUCUUAAAAAGACACUGCUAACAUUAAUGAAUAAGAUCAUUCCUGUAAAAUACUUAUAAAUCAUAGGGAUUAAUGGUCAAUUCCUACAUUGAUUUUGGUCAUUGUAGCAAGAACAACAAUGUAAUCAAAACUGUAGCUGAAGAUAGUCUAGUCUAACCAUUUAUGAGUGUUGGAAUGGCUUAUAAUAUAUUGCAAUUAGAAUAAUACAUCCUACCUAAUGUAUCAUAGUAAGAAUCUUGAUUAAUAAAUUUUAGAUUUGCUUAACCUCUAUUAAUUUUACAUGGCAAAGAAGAUAAAGUGGCAAGUCAUAUGAAUUCGGUCGAACUUUAUAGACUGGCUGGUUCAAAAGAUAAAACUUUAAAGUUGUUUGAUAAAGGAUUUCAUGAGUUACAAAAUGAUGUUGAGUUUGAGAGAGUCAAAAAUAUUAUAACCACGUGGUGUUAGAAAUAGGUCAAUAAGGAUAAAAGAAUAAGUAUUCUUUAUACAUCAUUUAUGCUAAGGUUACUUUAGAGAGUUGAAUCAUGGUCUAGUAGCAAAACAGAAUAAUAGUACAAAAAUGAUUAUUUUGCAAUGGAUAUUGAUAUAUUUCAUGUUGAGAAAGUAAUAUUCCUUCAAUAAUUAGUAAAAUGAAAAAUCUAGGAAGAAUAGCUAGAUUUAUUUGUAUAUUAGCAUUAAUGGUUGCUUCACUUAUUGUUCAUAUAAGAUGGUGA